AUGUCUUGCCGUUCCUACAGAGUCAGCUCCAGUCACCGAGUGGGCAACUUCAGCUCCUGCUCAGCCAUGGCACCCCAGAAUUUGCACCGCGUCCACGCCAGCCCUGCCUCCUGCAGGAGUGGGCCUGGAUUCCGGGGCCUGGGCGGUUUUGGUAGUCGGAGUGUCACCACCUAUGGAUCAUAUCCACCCCGGAUAGCAGCCGUAGGCCCUCAUUCUGUUCGCUGUGGAGCUGGCUUCGGUGCUGGAAGCAGGGUGGCCUAUGGCUUUGGUGACAGAAGUGGUGUCGGCUUGGGUUUUGGUGCCUGCAGUGGUGUUGGUCUGGGGUUUGGAGCUGGAAGUAGCCUUGGCUAUGGCUUCAGCGGUCCCAGCUUUGGCUAUCGAGUUGGAGGAGUCAGAGGCCCGGCAGCGCCAUCUAUCACAGCAGUGACUGUGAACCAGAGCCUGCUGACCCCUCUCAACCUGGAGAUUGACCCCAAUGCCCAGAGAGUGAAAACGGAUGAGAAGGAGCAAAUCAAGACUCUCAACAACAAAUUUGCCUCCUUCAUCGACAAGGUGCGGUUCCUGGAGCAGCAGAAUAAGCUCCUUGAGACUAAGUGGAGCUUCCUGCAAGAGCAGAAAUGCACCAAGAGCAACUUGGAGCCCCUCUUUGAGAAUUACAUUAACAUUCUGCGGAAGCAGCUGGACACGGCAGCCAGUGAACGGGCCCGGUUAGAGGCUGAGAGAAACCAUAUACAGGAUGUUCUUGAGGGCAUCAAGAAGAAGUAUGAAGAGGAAGUGGUCUUGCGGGCCAAUGCUGAGAAUGAAUUUGUGGCUCUGAAGAAGGAUGUAGAUACUGCUUUCUUGAAUAAAUCUGACCUAGACACCAAUGUGGAUACUCUCGCUCAGGAAACGGAAUUCCUGAAAAUACUGUACAUGGAGGAGAUCCAGUUGCUGCAGUCACACAUCUCAGAGACCUCAGUCAUUGUGAAGAUGGACAAUAGCCGGGAUCUGAACAUUGAUGGGAUCAUUGCUGAUAUCAAGUCCCAGUAUGAAGAGAUUGCCAGGCGCAGCCGGGCUGAUGCUGAGUCCUGGUACCAGAGCAAGUAUGAAGAGAUGCAGGUGACAGCUGGCCAGCACUGUGACAAUCUGCGUAAUACACGGAAUGAGAUCAAUGAGCUGACCCGUCUAAUCCAGAGGCUGAAGGCAGAGAUCGAGCAUGCCAAGGCUCAGCGAGCCAAGGUGGAGUCCGAAGUGGCUGAAGCAGAGCAGCAGGGUGAGACAGCCCUCAAUGACGCCAAGUGCAAGCUGGCCGAUCUAGAGUGUGCCCUGCAGCAGGCCAAGCAGGACAUGGCAAGACAGCUGCGUGAAUACCAGGAGCUGAUGAAUGUUAAGCUGGGUCUGGAUAUCGAGAUCGCCACCUACAGACAGCUGCUGGAGGGCGAGGAGAGCCGGAUCUGUGAAGGUGUUGGACCUGUGAACAUAUCCGUGAGCAGCUCCCGGGGCGCCGUGGUGUGCUGCCCAGAGCCCUUCGGCUCCAGCUCCGCCUCACGCAGCGGCGCGGGGGCCUUCUCCAGCAGCAGCUGCCUCGGCGGCCAGCGCACCUACAGCGGGGUCCAGACAUCCAGCAGCACCUGUGCUUCGAGCCUGAGUGGGGCCCGGCUGGUUGGGGCCUAUGGGGACCGGCUGGGUGCAGGCACAAGGGCCGGCUCGGUGCUUGUGGGCGAGACCUGCGUGCCCAGUGUCCCCUGUCCUCUGCCCACCAAGGAAGGCUUCAGCAGCUGCAGUGGCGGCCGCGGAAGCCGUGGCUCCAGCGUCCACUUCGUCUCCACCACCACCUCCCGCAGGGCCAAGUACUAA